CCCCCCCCCCCAGAGUGUUUAAGGUCGAAUGGAUCGUUUUAGUUGCUGAGAUGAAGAUGACGAGAGAGGGAGAGAGAAAGAGCGAAAGAAAGAGGGAGAAAUCUAAAACACAAUUCACCUUUCCCCUUUUCAAAAAAUAGAGCAAACCGUGGGCAAGGGUGACACUGAAUCCCAAAACAGUCAUUUUAAACAUGCUUUUGUUUUCCAUUGCAGUUUUCGGACGUCUUUCAGAGUUCAAACACAAACAAGAUCAGUGCGAGAUGAAAAUGCGCCCAUGUAGCCCAGAGGUCCGCACUGCAAGCGAAAAGCAGUAUUUCGACAGAGCUUUGUCACGAAACGCGUUCCACGUCGCUCGCACGUAACGCACAGCUCAAAGGUCUCCCGGUCUUUGUUUCCAGCGUAGGUCGGCCCCGGCCGGGGAAGAUUAAUCAAAUUCAAAGCAUGCCUAAGCAAAGCAAAACAUCAUGUAAUGGAAGCUUCCUUAUGACGGAUGCUACCGUAAUGGGCUAUAAAAACGGAAUGGGCACGGUCCGGCCCACCCCGACGAUGACACACCGUAGUGAAGCGGUGAUGCCAAUUACAUAUCGAUCAACCGCCUGGGUCUGGGUGGGUGCAAAAAAGGCGCCCUGCUUUUUUUUUCGAACACAAUUGACUCGCGUCAUCCUCGAGCUGAUAAUUAAACAGCCCCACUAUGUUGCAAUCCUGAAACACCGCACCGAAUUUGCAAAAAAAAAAAGAAGAGAUGGACCAAUUAAGCAUUCGCACAUCCUAACUGUGGAAUGAUCGCGGUUUGAACCGCUCCAACCGUUCCGGUCCGAUAAUUCAAUCGGAAAUGAGCCGAAGUGUCUUGCACAAGACGGCGCGGCAAGAUCUUGACCUAUGGCAAACGGUAGAUUUGAGAGGGCUAUCCGCCAAAUCCACCACUCUCCAUCCACUCAAUCUUCUAACGUACCUCUCUUCUUCCCGACUUCCGAUUGGUAUCGAUAUCUAUCUCUAUGCUAUUGGAGGGGGAUUUAGACUAGGUCGUUACCUAAUGGCGAAUUUUUGAAAGGAUUUUCCUCUCCGCAACAGUUUGAUCGCUCUACCUUCAUGCCAAAAUGAUCAUUAACGUUACUGAUGGAUCGAAACUGUGCCAGAUAACAGUUUUUUACCCAUUUCAAAAUCACAUUCUUUCUGUCAACUUUUGACAGCCUUAGGCUACGAAAUAUUCUAAGCAAAUAAUUGAACAUUUUUGAAAAAAAGCUUAUAAGAAAUCGUGUUUUUAACACUUUCUUUAGAGCACUAUACGUAGGUAUGCAUCAUUGCAUUAUGUGCGAGCGUUUCGGAAAAAUAUAUCAAUAUUUAAAAAGGACCCUAAGGCCCAAGGCAUAGAAAAUGGCACAUGGAAUAUCUGGUCAAAACUACUAAAAAUUUAGAUAACAUAUCUGAUGGGAUUAAGUUCCACUCUAAACCUCAAUGUGUCUUAACUUCCAAAAAGCUUCAGAGGAAAAGAUCCAAAAUGCACAACCUUGCAUCCGUGCUGUCGCACACCAAUUUGAAUGGUUCCACUCGCACAUUAAGGGCAGCCGUAGCCUACAAGGUACGGGAGAACGUCCUGCAGAAAGGAAAAAAAGCAAACACAAAGACCCGAACUGUUCACGAAACGGACCACACCGCCGCCUGCUUCGAUCGACGAGCGUUCGUUGACCAUACGCACCGCGCCUGUACAAGGCAGUGCGGCGAAUCGGCUAACCACCACUUAUCUGUACCCCGCACAUGCGCGCGCGCGCGCGCACACAUGCGUCACAAAUACUGUUCGGUCGGCGGUGCGUCGAGUACGGUUCACGCCGGAAGGCUUCAGUUGAGCGCAAGACGCCAACAGCAGCGCACCGGCCUGUUUAGUGGUUAAGGAACGAACCUUGUGUUGUUUGGUCGAAAAGCCAUUCCCUACCAAAGUGCAACGAUGGAAACGCUACUAGAGCUAGCGGCUAACGUGACGCUGCUCCCGGUGGAGGAGUUUGCCGGACCGCAAGUUAGUUGGUUCGAGCGAAAGUGGAACGGUUUUUUGGACGUAAUCGGUGACGAUGUCGAUACGCUCUACAUGUGGUUCCUGACCGCGUACACGUACGGGUUCUUCUGGCUCGUCGGCGGGCUGUUCGUGCUGAUGGACGUGACCAACAAACCGUCGUUCUUGCGCAAGUUCAAAAAUCAACCCGGCGCUAACGAGCCGCUCCCGUGGGCCAAGCUUAAAAAUCUGGUCAAAACGGUCGCCUACAACCAGCUGGUGUACGGGUUGCCGACGUCCUACCUGUCCUUCCGGGUGGGCAAGCUGAUUGCCGCCAGCAUUCCCGAUCCGCGCAUCCUCCCAUCGCCGUACAUCAUUGUACGGGACGUGAUGGUGUGCAUAGUGGCGUGGGAAAUCACCUUCUACUACAGCCACCGGCUGCUGCACUCCAGCUUCUUCUACAAGCGCAUCCACAAGAAGCACCACGAGUGGUCGGCCCCGGUUGCCUGGGCGGCCAUGUACGCCCAUCCGUUCGAGUUCAUCAUCAGCGAUCUGCUGCCGGUGUAUGUGGGGCCCGCCCUCAUGACCAGCCACGUGUUCACGAUCGUCGUCUGGUUCACGUUCGUCAUGAUGGACACGCUGGUGGACCAUUCCGGGUAUCAUCUGCCGGUGCUGGGCAGCUCCGAGAUGCACGAUUACCACCAUCUCAAGUUCAACCAGUGCUACGGUUUGUUCGGCUGGUGGGACGGGCUGCACGGCACGGACAGUGAGUUCCGCAAGAAGAAGCAGUACCAGCGGCACCAUCGCAUCUUCAGCCUCAAAUCGGCCCGCGAGCUCGUCCCGGACAUCUGCAUCAAAACCUGCCCGUUGAAGAUAUUCAAAUUGAAGUUAUUCCUCAACCACCGUUGGAGCAGCAUCGCUUUGGCGGGCACGACAGUGUACAAAAUGAACAUAACGCUAACGGAGGUGAAUUUCACCGUAGAAACUCGGUUUGAAGAAUUUACAACGCCUGAGCUCGGUGGCGUGACUGAUGGAUAUAUCGAACGCAAAUGGAACGCAUUGCUAGAUGUUAUCGGGGAUAAUCCCGACAACCUGUACGUCUGGUACUCGAUGCUGUACUCGUACGGUCUGUUCUGGCUGCUCGGUGGACUGUUUGUGCUGAUGGACCUGACGAAUCGGCCGCACUGCAUGCGCAAGUACAAAACGCAACCCGGCACGAACGAGCCGCUCAGCUGGGCACGGUGCAAACAGCUCAUCCGAACCGUCGCCUACAACCAGCUAGUGUACGGUGUCCCGAUGACCUACUGUUCCUAUCACGCCCGCAAGCUCAUCUCCGACGAGGUGCCGAACGUACGGAUCCUGCCGACGCUGGACGUUAUCCUGCGCGACAUGCUGGUGUGCAUCGUUGCCUGGGAGGUGGCCUUCUACUACACGCACCGGCUGCUGCACACCAGCUUCUUCUACAAGCGCAUCCACAAGCAGCACCACGAGUGGCCGGCCCCGGUUGCCUGGUCCGCCAUGUACGCCCAUCCGUUCGAAUUCAUCAUCAGCGACCUGUUCCCGGUGUACCUCGGGCCGGCCCUUAUGAAGUGUCACAUAUUUACGCUCACGCUCUGGCUGACGUUCGUGAUGUGGGACACGCUCGGCGACCAUUCCGGCUAUCAUCUGCCAUUUCUGGGCAGCUCGGAAUCGCACGACUACCAUCAUAUGACCUUCAACCAAUGCUACGGCAACUACGGCUGGUGCGAUCGGCUGCACGGUACGAAUGACGAGUUUCGGAAGAAGAAACAAUACCAAAGGCACUAUCGAAUUUUUAGUCUCAAAUCUGCCCGGGAGCUAGUCCCGGCUAAAUAAAGCCCAAACGGCACA